AUGUCAGUGCCGUCCAAUUUACAGGCUGGAGCAGCAGCUGCAUACUGCAUUUCCCUGAAGUAUUACAUGAUUUCCACUUCUUGCAAACUUUAUCAUCUUUGUUGCAGUGAGUCGGAAACCAAUAUGCAGAGCCGGAGUACAGUCAUAUACAUCAGAUUUAUCUUGCGAUUCCUUCUGCUCUGGGUACUCUUUGAGAAGUCACACGCUGAAGAAGACAUCAUAAUUACCACCAAGAAUGGAAAAGUCAGGGGGAUGCGCUUGCCAGUACUUGGUGGCACAGUAACAGCCUUUCUUGGAAUCCCGUAUGCACAGCCACCUCUUGGUAGACUACGAUUCAAAAAGCCACAAUCCUUGACCAAGUGGCCUGAUAUUUGGAAUGCUACAAAAUAUUCUAAUUCUUGUUAUCAGAACACAGAUCAAAGUUUCCCAGGCUUCCUUGGAUCAGAGAUGUGGAACCCAAACACUGACCUCAGUGAAGACUGUUUAUAUCUGAAUGUGUGGAUUCCAACACCUAAACCAAAAAAUGCUACUGUAAUGAUAUGGAUCUACGGUGGUGGUUUUCAGACUGGAACAUCAUCUUUGCAUGUUUAUGAUGGCAAGUUUCUGGCACGGGUUGAAAGAGUUAUUGUGGUUUCAAUGAACUAUAGAGUAGGUGCCCUUGGAUUCUUAGCUUUACCGGGAAAUCCUGAAGCACCAGGGAAUGUGGGUCUAUUUGAUCAACAGUUAGCUCUUCAGUGGGUUCAAGACAAUAUAGCAGCCUUUGGUGGAAAUCCUAAAAGUGUAACUCUCUUUGGAGAAAGUGCAGGAGCAGCUUCAGUUAGCCUUCAUUUACUUUCUCCUAAAAGCUACCCAUUGUUUACCAGAGCUAUUCUGCAAAGUGGAUCCUCUAAUGCUCCUUGGGCAGUGACAUCUCUUUAUGAAGCUAGGAACAGAACACUGACUUUAGCUAAAUUUAUUGGUUGUUCUAGAGAAAAUGACACUGAGAUAAUCAAAUGUCUUCGACAUAAAGAUCCCCAGGAGAUUCUUCUUCAUGAAGUGUUUGUUGUCCCCUAUGGUACGCUCUUAUCAGUAAAUUUUGGUCCCACUGUAGAUGGUGAUUUUCUCACUGACAUGCCAGACACACUACUCCAACUUGGACAAUUCAAAAAAACCCAGAUCUUGGUGGGUGUUAAUAAAGAUGAAGGGACAGCAUUUUUAGUAUAUGGUGCUCCUGGCUUCAGCAAAGAUAACAACAGUAUUAUAACCAGAAAAGAAUUUCAAGAAGGUUUAAAAAUAUUUUUUCCAGGAGUGAGUGAGCUUGGAAAGGAAUCGAUCCUUUUCCACUACAUGGACUGGUUAGAUGAUCAGAGAGCUGAAAACUACCGUGAGGCCUUGGAUGAUGUUGUUGGGGAUUAUAAUAUCAUAUGUCCUGCUUUGGAGUUCACCAAAAAGUUCUCAGAUAUGGGAAACAAUGUCUUUUUCUACUAUUUCGAGCACCGAUCCUCCAAACUCCCUUGGCCAGAAUGGAUGGGAGUGAUGCAUGGUUAUGAGAUUGAAUUUGUCUUUGGUUUACCACUGGAAAGAAGAGUUAAUUACACAAAAGCUGAGGAAAUUUUUAGUAGAUCCAUUAUGAAACGCUGGGCAAAUUUUGCAAAAUAUGGAAAUCCGAAUGGGACCCAGAACAAUAGUACAAGAUGGCCUGUUUUCAAAAGCAAUGAACAAAAAUAUUUCACCUUAAAUACCGAGUCACCAAAAGUAAAUACCAAACUACGUGCUCAACAAUGCCGAUUCUGGACACUAUUUUUUCCCAAAGUUUUGGAAAUUACAGGAAAUAUUGAUGAAGCAGAACGAGAAUGGAAAGCAGGAUUCCAUCGCUGGAACAAUUACAUGAUGGAUUGGAAAAAUCAAUUUAACGAUUACACUAGCAAGAAAGAAAGCUGUGCAGGUCUCUAA